CCCCACCAUGCACGCCCACAGCCUGCUGUUGUUCCUCCUGCAAGUCUGGUGGGCUCUCCUCCAGGCGGGCGCCACGAUGGUAGCCCCGGUGCCCCUUCGAACGUGGGGGCAGCCCUCGUCGCCAUCCCCUCUUGCUUAUAUGCUGAGCCUGUACCGCGAGCCGCUGCUCCGGGCGGACAUCAUACGUAGCCUGCAGGCGCAAGAUGUGGAGGUGGAUGGGCAGAACUGGACCUUUGCUUUCGACUUCUCCUUCCUGGGCCAAGAAGAGGAUCUGGCAUGGGCCGAGCUCCGGCUGCAGCUGUCCAGCCCUGUGGCCCUUACUCCUGAUGUCCCACUCUCAAUUGAGAUUUUCCACCAGCCAAAGCUGAAUGAGGAUAAGGACCCACCCAACUGCCCAGAACAUCUUCGAAUGGACCUGUUCACUGUCACUCUGUCCCAGGUUACCUUUUCCUCAGGCAGCAUGGUCCUAGAGGUGACCAGGCCACUCUCCAAGUGGCUGAAGCACCCUGGGGAGCUGAGGGAGCAGAUGUCCAGUUUGGCUGGAGAGUGCUGGCGGCAGCCCCCCACAUCACCUGUCACCAAUGUGCUCCUCAUGCUCUAUUCCAACCUCUCCCCGGAGCGGAAGCGGCUGGGUGGCUCCACCCUAUUGUGGGAAGCUGAGAGCUCCUGGCGGGUCCAGGAGGGACAGCUCUCCCGGGAGAGGGCCAGGAGGCACCGUCGAUAUCACUUGCAGGACAGAAACCAACUGUGUCGGAAGGUCAAGUUCCAGGUGGACUUCAACCUGAUCGGAUGGGGCUCCUGGAUCAUCUACCCCAAGCAGUACAAUGCCUAUCGCUGUGAGGGCGAGUGUCCUAACCCCGUGGGGGAAGAGUUCCAUCCAACCAACCACGCAUACAUCCAGAGUCUGCUGAAACGGUACCAACCCCACCGAGUCCCUUCCACCUGCUGUGCCCCAGUGAAGACCAAGCCCUUGAGUAUGCUGUACGUGGACAAUGGCCGAGUCCUUCUAGACCAUCAUAAAGACAUGAUUGUGGAAGAAUGUGGGUGCCUUUGAGGAGCUCCUGUAGGUGUGUUGGAUUUGCCUGUACCCUGGAAGGUUGGGAAGCUCCUAGAAGACAAGAUAACCAUCUAAUCCAAUGAGGAGAAACAAAGAGGGGGAAAAGUCCCUCUGUCCACCAGACCUAAGGAGGAAGGGCUGCCACCCUGUCCUUGAAGGCUCUGUGGGGUCUGGUUGAGCACAGAGGAGAGGGAGGAGGAAGCCUGUGAAGCAGGCUUGCUGGGUUUUCUCUUUGCUGAACAGACAGUAGCACGUGAAAGCACUAGUGCAAGAGUCCUUUAGCUGACUUUUUUCAACCCAUGAUCCCCCGGAAAUUGCAUGCAAGAGCUGGAGCAUAUGUGCAUUUAUUUUUGAGGUGGGACAAGGUUGUAUUUAACUUUUGUGUAUUCUCAAAAGUGGCCUUUGACAUACACUCACCCACACCCUUGCCGCCUGAAGAUUAAGUAUCACUAUGUAAAAUUAAAAAAGUCCAUUGGCUUUGGUUGCCUCAGGCUGGGUCAGGGAGCCCCCGCAGAGUGGAUCUCUGCUAAUGAGUUGUACAUACAAUAAAGCCAUUGUAUAGUU